UCAAGAGUGGUGCCAUUCGCUUUACUCCAAAUCCAAUCCAAAUACACCAUAUUUCACUCUUACUCCUUUAUUCUUCAGUGCCCACCCCAAAACCAAUAGUGACUCUCUCUAAUCUAUAAUACUCUUCCUCGUUGUCCUCUCACAACUAGGCAACUGAGUCUGUCUCUGUUCUCAUCGCAGCUUUAUAUAUCCUAGGAACUUCUCAUCUGGUCGCCUUUGCUGCUGCUUUUGUCUUCCUACCACCGACCAACUUUUACAGAUUCUCAUAGAUUCUUCAAACCUUUGAGUCCUUGUCAGAUUCGAGGGCCGGUGUUAUAUGCUUUGAUAUCUCUCACCCAAAUCAGGUUCUUGAUUCCUUCGGUUUUAAUUAUGGAGACUCUGCAUCCACUCUCUCACGUGCCUAUUUCUGACCACCGGUUAGUUGUUCAAGAGAUGAUGAGCUCGAGCAGCGUCUGGACUAAAGAAGAGAACAAGAUGUUCGAACGUGCCCUUGCUAUAUACCCUGAAGACUCGCCCGAUCGCUGGUUCAACAUCGCUUCCAUGAUCCCUGGCAAAACUGUUUUCGAUGUUAUGAAGCAAUACAGCAAGCUUGAAGAAGACGUUUCCGACAUAGAAGCAGGACGUGUCCCCGUUCCUGGUUACCCUUCAGCUUCUUCUCCCUUAGGGUUUGACCAGGACACGUGUCGAAAACGACCUAGCUGGGGCAGAGGAUCUGAUCACGAUCGUAAGAAAGGAAUCCCUUGGACAGACGAAGAACACAGGAGAUUCUUGCUAGGGCUUCUCAAGUACGGGAAAGGAGACUGGAGAAACAUAUCGAGGAACUUCGUGGUGUCGAAGACACCGACGCAAGUUGCCAGCCACGCUCAAAAGUAUUAUCUGAGACAGCUCUCAGGAGCUAAGGAUAAGCGCCGGCCAAGCAUCCAUGACACCACGACCGUUAAUCUUCUAAACGCCAAUCGCAACCGUUCCUUUUCAGAUCAUAGAGACAUCCUCCCGGAUUUAGGGUUUGUCGACAAGGAUAAUGCCGAGGAUGGACUAAUGUCUAUGAGUCCGAAUCGAUAUUCAGCAAACCUGUUUUCUCCAUCAUCAUCUCCCUUUGAUGAUGCUAUUUGCUUUGCUGGAGCAAAUGCAUUCAGGGCCAGAAGUUAAAGUAACAUAUAAUAGUAUCACCAACGACCAAAAUCAAAAGUUCUAAUGAAGCUGAGUUGUGAAACUGCAACUAGCAUUAUAAGCAAGAGUCCGAGCUGUUUAUAUGUGUGUUUUUGUGUCGUGAUCUUGUUUGUCUUUUUAUUUUUACCUGAAUAUUGUGAUUAUAUAGUGGUGUGUUUAUGUUUACGAAAUCUCUAGUAAAUUACUAUAAUAUAUAUACGUUUCCUGCUUCAUUAA